AUGAAUGACGUGCAGCUGUUGAAGGAGUUGGGUCCAGGUCCAGGUCAGAUCAGCGUAAUCCAGCAGCUCCUGGAUCAGGGGGCGGACCCCUCCUGCUGCGACAGCGACGGCCGACACGCCCUGGCAGUUGCCGUGGUGAACGGUCACCACGAUGCACUUCCUGUUUUAGUGCAGAGAGGAGCGGACGUGGACCAGCAGUCGGGACGGAUGAAGAACACAGCUCUGCAUGAAGCUGCAGGUCGGGGCUCUGAUGGUCUGCCGUGUGCUAAAGUCCUGCUCAGCUGUAAGGCGAGCAUGAGGAGGAGAAACGCCGGCGGUCAGACGGCGUACGACGUGGCGGUGAGCUCCGGCUGUAACCACAUGGUGUCUCUGCUGGCCGCUCAGACCGGACUGGACCUGCUGGGCAAACUGGGAAAACCUAAACUGAACCUGGACGUGUUCUGAACACAGAUCUUCUCUCAACACGAGGAUCUGAAAACAAACGAUUACAUGUCAAUAAAAUCUGUAACUCGCUGAA